AUGAGCUCCCCGGGCACAGAGAGCGCAGGGAAGAGCCUGCAGUACCGGGUGGAUCACCUGCUCAGCGCCGUGGAGAGCGAGCUGCAGGCGGGCAGCGAGAAGGGCGACCCCACGGAGCGGGAACUGCGAGUGGGCCUGGAGGAGAGCGAUCUGUGGCUGCGCUUCAAGGAGCUAACGAACGAGAUGAUUGUGACCAAGAACGGCAGGAGGAUGUUCCCGGUGCUGAAGGUGAAUGUGUCCGGUUUGGACCCCAAUGCGAUGUACUCCUUCCUGCUGGACUUCGUGGCUGCUGACAACCACCGCUGGAAGUAUGUGAAUGGGGAGUGGGUCCCUGGGGGCAAGCCAGAGCCUCAGGCGCCCAGCUGCGUCUACAUCCAUCCAGACUCGCCCAACUUCGGGGCCCACUGGAUGAAGGCACCGGUGUCUUUCAGCAAAGUCAAACUCACUAACAAGCUCAAUGGAGGAGGGCAGAUCAUGUUGAACUCCUUGCAUAAGUACGAGCCUCGGAUUCACAUCGUGAGAGUUGGGGGCCCGCAACGCAUGAUCACCAGCCACUGCUUUCCUGAGACCCAGUUCAUAGCUGUGACGGCCUACCAGAACGAGGAGAUCACGGCCCUUAAAAUUAAAUACAAUCCGUUUGCUAAAGCCUUCCUUGAUGCAAAAGAAAGAAACGACCACAAAGAUGCAAUGGAGGAGCCUGGGGACUGCCAGCAGCCGGGGUAUUCCCAAUCAGGGGGGUGGCUAGUUCCUGGCGCUGGCACCCUCUGUCCACCUGCCAACUCCCAUCCUCAGUUUGGAGGCUCUCUCUCUCUCCCCUCCACACACGGCUGUGAGAGGUACCCGGCUCUGAGGAACCACCGCUCAUCGCCCUACCCCAGCCCUUAUGCUCAUCGGAACAAUUCUCCAACCUAUGCCGACAACUCAUCUGCAUGCUUGUCCAUGCUGCAAUCCCACGACAACUGGUCUAGCCUCGGAGUGCCUGCCCACAGCAGCAUGCUGCCCAUGGGUCAUAACACCAGCCCGCCGACUGGCUCCAGCCAGUACCCCAGCCUGUGGUCUGUGAGCAAUGGCACCAUCACCCCAGGCUCCCAGACAGCUGGGGUGUCCAAUGGGCUAGGAGCCCAGUUCUUCCGCGGCUCCCCUGCACAUUAUGCGCCUUUGACGCACACGGUCUCGGCCGCCACGUCCUCUGGCUCCCCAAUGUACGAAGGGGCUGCCACGGUCACAGACAUUUCUGACAGCCAGUAUGACACAGCCCAAAGCCUCCUCAUAGCCUCGUGGACACCUGUGUCACCUCCGUCCAUGUGA